GUGGGGGGUUGGGGUUGACCCUCAGAGCAGCUGCUUGUUGUCAGGACGCGUGGAGGCCGUGAAAGCUUGUGAAGCCGUGGGAACCCAGCACGUGAUGAAGUCCUGCAGGCCGCAUUCAUCAGAAGACCCUGACUGGCGCGCACGACAAUGUGUCUGUGAGUCCCUGCUGUUUAAUCCCACUGCGGCCUCCUGCAGGCAGAAAAUCACUAACACAAGUUUGCAGGGAAGAAAAAAUCCACAAUAAUUAAUUGAAUGGUCCAGACAAAUAAAAGACGUGUUUUAAAUGAAAUAAUCUCGUGCGUCUUUUCAUCCACGCGCGCCCCUCAGGCUGCCAAAGGACCAAACAUCUUCACCGGUCAUGAAUCUAUACUUUAAAGUGGUUGCCCUCACGAGUGGGAGUGCCUUAAGUUGUUUUUUUUUUUUUUUUUCCUCCUUCCUUACUCGUUUUCUGGCAGGAGGACAGCGCAGCUGCUGGUGGCGCAGCACAAAGCGUCCGCGCGCACUCCGAGCGCGCCGCGGAGAGAGAGGAGGAGGAGGAGGAGGAGGGAGGCGGCGCUGCUGCUGCUGCUGCACGGACAAGUGCGUCCCAUUCCUAAAGCAAACAUCUUUACACCCUUCAACGCAGAUCUGUCGCUCCCGCACUCGCUCGAUCACGCUCACUCGCGCUGUCACUGAGUUCGGAGCGGGAGCUGCGCGCGAACCUUAGAGCUUUCGGGCCUCCAAGGAUGGACUCCAUACCCGCGGGACGAGACUCCAAUUCCUCUCCAAACUCCAAAGAACUUUCGUAUCCAACCGCAAACUUGAAGCCCAACCAGGUCGGAGAGACGAUUCUGUACGGAAUACCCAUCGUGUCUUUGGUGAUUGAUGGCCAGGAGAGGCUUUGCCUCGCGCAGAUAUCGAACACCUUGCUGAAGAACUACAGCUACAACGAGAUCCACAACCGGCGCGUGGCGCUGGGCAUCACCUGCGUGCAGUGCACCCCCGUGCAGCUGGAGAUCCUGCGCAGGGCCGGGGCCAUGCCGAUCUCCUCCCGGCGCUGCGGGAUGAUCACCAAGCGCGAGGCCGAGAGACUUUGCAAGUCGUUCCUGGGGGCGCACUCGCCCCCCAAACUGCCAGAGAAUUUCGCCUUCGACGUGUCCCACGAGUGCGCCUGGGGGAGUCGCGGCAGCUUCAUCCCGGCCCGGUACAACAGCUCCAGGGCCAAGUGCAUCAAGUGCUCCUACUGCAACAUGUACUUCUCCCCUAAUAAGUUCAUCUUCCACUCGCACCGCACGCCGGAGUCCAAGUACACGCAGCCGGACGCCGCCAACUUUAAUUCCUGGAGACGGCAUCUGAAACUGACGGACAAAAGCUCCUCCACCGACAUCCUGCACGCGUGGGAGGACGUGAAGGCCAUGUUCAACGGGGGGAGUCGCAAGAGGACGCUGCCAGGCGGGGGCUCGGACUCCAGCUCCCCGUUGAAGUCGUCGCAAGGCCCCAACCACCCGCGCGACUCACCCGAGGUGCCCGUCAAGAUCCUGAACCGCGAGGACACGCGCGGCGCGAUGGCGAGCGCGCGCAGCUACCCGGUCAUCCCGGUCCCUAGCAAAAGCUUCGGGAUGCUGCAGAAGAUCCCCCCGCCCCUCUUCCCGCACCCCUACGGCUUCCCGGCGUUCGGCCUGUGCCAGAAGAAGGAGGAGGGCAUGAUGGGAGAGCAGAGCAAAGCCGGCCUGCCGGGCGUGCUGUGGCCCAGCACCAAGGACAGCGCCUACCACUCCUUCCCCAUGUUCUGGCCCGCGGCCGGCCCGCUCCCCAUGCCCCCGUACCCCCAGCCUCCACACAAGCCCCCACCGGAGCUGCUCUGUGCCCCCCGGCCCGCGGACGUGGACAUUUCCGAGAGCAGCGACCGCAGCACCAACACGUCCAAGGACAGCGCGGUGGACAACGAGCGCUGCUCCAGCACGCAGUCCGUGCGCAACGAGGAAUCCGGGGACGAGGGGAGGCCGCUGGAGGGGCUCCCGCCGAGGAAGAUCAGCUACGUGUCCGCCUUCAGGCCCGUCAUCAAAGACACCGACUGCAUCGCCAAACUCUACGGAAGCCGGGGCGCCUACAACGGCUGCCGCACCGGCUAUCUGUCGCCCGACUUCCUGAGCGAGAGCUCGAGCUACCGGUCGGUGUCCCCGUGCGUGGACAGCGACGGGGAGCCGGAGGUGGACGUGGAGACCCACAAAACUCCAGACGAGGAGGAAGAAGAGGAGGAGGAGGAGGAGAGCGCACGGCCUGCGUCUGCGGCGCGUCCUCCGAUGGCGCACGGAGCGGACUCGGACUCCAGAGGAGCGCAGCAGGAGGCGCAGGAGGAGAGCGUGGCCCCCUCCUCUGACAGAGAAGCGCAGAACAAACAGUUGACAGAGCGCCUCAUGCCCGCACCCUUCCCAGCUGUUUUUACGCCGGAGAGAGUCGAGCUGCAACAAAGGAGCAGUCCCUAUCAGUUCAGACCGACCAGUUACCUGACUGCUGUUCUCACGACUAAUGAUGAGAGUACAAGUAAAGAGGAGCCGUCUUCCACAGUGGAGGAGGUGGAAACCAAAUCUUUUAAUGGACAAAACAUCGAGGAGAACCAGCAACACACCAAUGAAGGCAAAGACGCUCCAGUCAGAGUUCUGGCAGCACAAAGAGACAUCCAAAGUCUGGCAAAAGAGGAGCUGCAGAAACAGCUGAUAGAACAAGUUGAGCUGAGGAAAAAACUGGAGCGGGAAUUUCAAAGUUUGAAAGAUAACUUCCAGGAUCAAAUGAAAAGAGAACUUUCCUACAGAGAGGAGAUGGUUCAGCAGCUCCACAUCGUUAGAGCCGGAGCUCCUCCAGCGCGCGGCGUGCUCGAACGCUGUUGAUUGUUGUAUCUCCUUCUUCAUAGAAGCUCACGACGCUUUACACCAUUUCUCCUGUAAGAUGCUAACACCCCGACACUGCACAGGAUCCUGCUCCUUCAAGUCCCCGCUGCUCCCACCGUGAGGCGCGCGCGCGCGCGUCUGCGGCAGCUUCCGGAGGGCGCGCGGGCAGCUCCAGAGUCUAGGAAACCUCCGCGUGAACUCUGAGCGACCGAACUGGAAAAGAAACGAGGAUGUAAUUAGUUGUAAUAUUUAAAAAAAAACGUAUUUUCACCACAUUUAUGAAACCACCCUACAUAGUAUACGUUUGUUUUGCUAAUAUUAUGCCAUUUUACUAUUUAUUUUUUUGUGGCAAAGUGCAAUGACAAUGUAUUUUGUAUGUAUUUGGUGUUUUGUUUAAUUUGACCAUCCAAAUCAUUGCGCCUUAUUUUCUCAGUGUUUAAAAUUAACCUAUUUAUUAAUUUAUUUUAUUUAUCUUUUUUUUUUAAUGCAGACAAGUAGCUGACAUUGAAUGUUAAGCACUUUAAGCAAAUGAUGGAAAUCACCCUAAAGCAUUUUGGGAAAACUUUAUUGACAAUUCAUUUGUUGCAGUCAAAUGUGUUUGAUUUUUAAGACUGCAUCAACACAGUAUAGGAGGCUAAUUUAAUCCAUCUGAAGCCCCGUAGUCUUCUUAUGAGUAGCAACACAUUCUAAUCAAAUUAGCUCAUUUGUUCCUGUUCUAUUUGUUUCCAUUGCCAAUAAAUAAAUGACAUUUUAUUGAAAAAUAUUUGGAUUUUUCAUUUUUAUAUCCCUUUGGUAAAACAUAUAGCUUGUUUUUUCUUUAAAAAUACAUUUCAAAUGCUUUAACUGUGUUAAAAAGAAUUUUGUUCAUUUUUAUUUUUAUUUUUACCUGAGAAAAAAUAAGCUAAAGUUAAAUAAAUGAUGUGUCCCUUAUUAACCAAUCUAUUUUGCACAGUAAGAAUUAUUCGGGUUUCAGAAACAUGAUAGAUGAGCCACAUAUUUAUUUAAGCAUCAAAUGUGGACAAAUACUAAACUAUCAGAAUCUUAAAAUCAACAUUUUUAAAUAUUUAAUCAGCAUAUUUCAGUAACUAGUAGACUAAAUGUGUAUAGUAUGAUCCAAACAAAUGCCUAAUAGAAAACCUAGGUGACAAUUCAUUGUGGGUUAUAACAUUGUUUAUCUUAGAGGGGAAAAAAUAAUGCUUUAAACGCUUGUAAUACCUUUCUGUUUGUUUAGCCCUUCUUGUUGUAACCCUCCAUAAAUCAGCUUGU